AUGUUUAGUACUGCUGAUCCACAUCCUUUGCAUGGAGUGAAUGCUGGAGAAGAUAUAUAUUGGUUAGUUGAGAGUAUUGUUCCUAAUAUCAGUCAGCCCGAACGGAGGAUUAUAGCCUUCAAUUUAAGAGAGGAAAUCUUCACACCUGUUACUUAUCCACCAAUUGGUUCGGGUAGACACCACUCGGUUUGUAGAGAUAGACUUACUUCCUUGGAAGACGAUACACUAUGCUUGUCCCAUUGGGUUGAAGGAUAUAUGUCAGUGCGGAGCAAGGUUGAGAUCUGGAUUUUGCAGAGUCAAAAGUGGACACUACCAUACAGCAUAGUCAUACCAGAAAUUGGUGUCCCACUGACACUUCCGACGAAAUCCCAAAUGUUCAUUUGGAUGCAGCACUACUUCAUUUGUAGGCGCUAUCCUGAUGGUAUAGGUUUGGGACGAAAUCCAGAAAAGAGUCGUGCGUUGCAGCCAGUUCGACAUGCAGACAGCCUUGUCUCUCUAAAAGCACUAGGAGAAAGAAAAACUUGGAUCAAAACAACUACGAAGCUCCAGUGCAAGAAGAAGAUAAAGCCCUCAGCUGCAUCUCAGGACAACCAGUAUGACUCCCUCGUAUUCAACUUCCUUAGAAAAUUUUCCCAGUAUGACUCCCUCGUAUUCAACUUCCUUAGAAAAUUUUCCCAACAAGCACGUGGUUGGUAUGCUAACCAGGACAUGAAGUAUGCCGCUGAAAACCUACAUUUCCUGUACCAGACUUUGUCAAAAUGCGAGACAGUUGUCUCACAAUAUCUGGAAGUGCAGCCUGAGGCUUCAGCAGCUAGACAACCAACAGUCAAAGAGAAUUUUCAGGAUCUUGAUAGUCCAGAGUUGUUCAGUGCUGCUCUGUAUAGUAAAUUGAGUUUAAUUACUAAUUACCUUGACAAAAUAUCUAAGGGUCAGUAUCCAAAACGGAAUCUGCUUCAACUAGCUGAUAUGCAGAAAGAGGUGGAGAGUCUUCUUAGGAGCCAGGGAUUGCUGCCAUUCUCUGAUUACUCAGAGGUUCUGAAGCAGUUGCAGUUCUUUUGGCAAGAGAAGGGUUGGCUGAAGCAAUGAAAGAUAUGAACUAUGUUGUCACUACCAGUGGAGAUGCACAAUUUGCAACAUUACUGAAUUCUCUGAACUGAAAGCAGUGCCACUUCAACUGUUGUCUUGCACCAUGUGACUUCAAAUUGGCUAUGAUUAGAAUAGAGUGUUGGAUUCCAAUUAAUGUAGAACUAAAUAGCACAAGGGGUCAGACUCUUAACUAGCAUUAGAGUUCAAUUUUCGAAAUCCUUGAAUGAUUUGUAAACUUAAUGGG